UCAGGCUCCCAAUCUACACUUCAGUUCUGUGGAAGAGUCCUACUCGCCUUGCUCUCUCUCUCUCUCUCUCUCUCCCUAUGUUUGUGUGUGUGUGUGCGCCCCUGUCCCUCCCUCAGGCAGUGGUGGGAUUUUGUAAGGUUCAACCAUUUGAACCUGAUAGCCUCGAAGCAAGCUCACAGCCGGAGAGCAGGUGAAGGCUCGCCAAAGUCUCACCACUCACCUUGAAAGUGAGGGAGGUCAUGAGGAUUAUCAGUUAAACGAAUUCGUUCAAUCGAAAUCUUUGACACUGUCUUGAUCGUCAAAUGUUCCUGAGUGCGCGAAAGUCUGAGCACGAACAAGCUGACAAGCUUAUGCUUAGUUCAUUAGUGAGAAGAAUUUAUUCAUUACAUGAAUCAACAUUGUCAAUUCGAUUACGCAAGUCGAAGGAAUAAUUAGAAUUUAAUUCCAUUGGCAUUUAUAUCUGGAGGCAAGAAAAUAUGAGAGUAAUGAGAGAUAACGGUGGGAUUUGAGUAAAGUCUAUCUGCUAAGAUGGGGCUGCUGCGAGCUGGGGCGAGUAGCAAAACUUCAGCUCUAUGGAUCGUGGUCACCCUGUUGCUCAAUCAAGUUAUCUCGAAAGCGUCAUGUUGGCCCGAGAUGAAGAAAGAUGCUACACGCGGUACCCGCAGCUGGGUGCAGCAAGCCACCAAGAGCUCCCAUAUUUCCCGUGAACUAUCCACAUUUGUGCCAAGGCCCAGAUCCAAGCGUCACCGAAAUUCUUUUUAUCCAAUGCUAAGUAACUCUGCUGGUUGCCGUGUUCAUCUGCACCCUCAAGGGGAUACUAUGGAGCAGCCUGAAGAUUUAUCAGGUGAUGCCCCGAUGACUAUUGGAAUUACAUCAAGUCUACCCGAGUGCUCCAAUGCGCUCUGCCUGGUGCAAGCCAUCCUCGCUAAGGAGCCACAGAUCGUUAUCAACGCUGAUCUUGACGUUUCAGAGUCGUUACCACUUCCGGAAAUCAUAUCGAAGAUAACCAUAGUGGGAUUAUGCACCGACGGCCCUUGCCGGAUCGAUGGCUGUGGCAAUGGCCAGAUAUUUGUGGUUGGUGUAGGUGGCACUCUCACACUGAAGGAUUUGGAAAUCACAGGCGGAAGUUGUGGCGAAGGAGCGGCGGUGCUAGUCAUGGGUGGCAUCCAUGGCGGAGGAGGCCGUUUAUUAGCCCUCAACAGUGUCUUUCGUAACAACACAGUCUCAGGCACAGGAGGAGCAGUGACGGUGAAGGCUGGCGCCUUGGCCAACAUCCGCAGCUGCGUCUUCGAAGGAAACGAGGCUUCCAAAGGAGCGGCUCUCUAUGUGGGAGCAAGGGAGGAGACCGAGGAGUGUGGCUUGAAAACGUGUGUCACGGUUGUGAACACUGCGUUCUGGCACAACAAAGCGAGCUGGGGAGGGGCUGUUUAUGUCGAUGACGCUCCCAGUCGAUGCCCUGGCGAUGGUGGAGCUAAAUUCGAGUGCUCAACUUGCAGCUUUGUUAAUAAUACCGCCUGGGAGGACGGAGGCGCCAUUUUGCUGGCGUUUCUCUCGAGUGGAGCAGUUGGUCACCUUAAGAUGACCAGCUUCAUCAACAAUAAAGCCAAUAAUUCAGGAGGUGAUGUAGAGUUGCAAGCAGGUCAAAAUAAUACGCACGGCGUGGAGCUAGAUGCUUACAAGACUGUAUUCUCUGGCACAGAAGGAAUGGGUAUAUUGCAGGGAGUUCACGCUGUUGCAGUGAAGAGCUUCGCAACCGCCAACUUCGUGCGAUGUCAAACAACGAAUGAUAACGCCAUUGACUGUGGAGGAGGGACGUGCGACUUCUGUCCCAGCGAGCAAGAUCUCUACUCGAUGGCGCCCUCUAAUGACGUCUUUCUUGACACACCUAUAGGCCCCGGUGUUAAUUGUUCGGCACCGCCACCCCCGCUGUGCGACUGGGUGCCUCCGGAAUGCACGCUUCCGCCUCCUCCACCUUCUCCCCCACCGCCUUCACCACCUCCGCCUCCAUCACCGCCUCCCCCUUCACCCCCACCCCCACCUCCAUCACCACCACCUCCGCCUCCAUCCCCACCUCCACCAUCUCCACCACCUCCGCCAUCUCCAUCACCGCCACCACCCGCUCCUAGGCCUGUGAAGAUUUUCAGACCCCCUCCUCCGGAUUUCAUCUCCAACAGUGCUCCAAAAGCACCACCACCCCCUCCAGCUUGCGACUGUAGUUGUCCACUACCGCCACCGCCAUCGCACCAUCCCCCGGGUUACGUUGAGGGAGAUCCGCACUUCUUCGGCAAACAUGGAGAGCGCUUCGAUUUCCACGGCAAAGACAACCGGAAUUACUGCGUCCUCAGCGAUCCAGGCCUGCAAAUCAACAUGCAUGUCUUCCCAGGAAUCCAUCGCGGCAGUUCUUUCAUAUCAAUGAUCGGUGUUGUACAUCAAGAUUCCAACAUUCUCAUCAACAUACAUCCUCUUGUGAAUAAAACCCAAGCAACUGGCAAACAAAUGGUGGUUCAAAUAAAUGAUAUGGAUGUUGCUAUGGGCCAUGAGUUCAUUAGCAAAAGCAAUCGCAUGACUAUUAGCUAUUACCCAACAUAUGUUCAUGUUCGUAUUCCCGAUGUAGUGGACUUCAAUGUAACAAAAAUGAAGCCCACAUUUGGUAUUCAUGGAUCUGGAGCAAAUUAUAUCAAUUUUCAAUUGAAUGAAGUGAGAGUUUCUCCAAUAGUGCACGGCAUUUUGGGACAAACAUACCAGGAAACAAAAGAGGUUUAUGUGAAGUUACAUAAUGCCCGUCGCAUGGCUCCCAGCGAAGCCUCUAAAGUAUUCCUAGAUGGCAAUGAAGAUGAUUAUCUCACUUCAAAUAUUUUUGCUGCUGACUGCAAGUUUGCAACAUUUCAGAUGCAAGAGGGUUUUGUGAACCAUGUGAAAAGAAGGCUUCAAGUGAAGGUUAAACACAUUUUGGCAAGUGAAGAUGAAGACAAGGUUGUAAAAAGUUGUACUGGAGUUGGUAAUCCAACAAAUUUGUGCGUCAAUGUUGUUGGAGAUUGGGUCAAUUGAUGACAUUUAAAGCUCUUUUUGUCAACUUUAUUAAUAACUGGUGCAAUUGACCACUCAGGGAUUACCUUAGCUUGGCUUAACUAGUUGACUGUGUUUCCAUUCGGCUUGUAAAUAAAUAUACUAUUCAAUAUUCUUAGUAUAUUUUUAGAAAAAGGAAAACUCAAAUAAUGUACUUUUAAAUUAAACAAAAAUGUAAGGAAUGCAGGUAUUUUAUAUGCAUGUG